AUGGCUGCAGUAGUGAUGAGAAAGUUAUGGGUCGUCUUGUUUAUUGUGAAGGCGACUGUUGGUUCGGAAGCUGCCGGUAGUAAGUUAGAAAAUGGCAUGGCUAAUAGUACUCAUCACGAGCAAGGCAAUAGUUCUUUUUUAGCUGUUGCUGAAAUUCCUUCCGCAGGAAUUAAAGGAGAAGUAAAGAACGUGACUACUUCCUACACCACUGAAGUUGAUAUCACCAACAAAAAGAAGCAACCUAAUUGGAUGUCCAGAGGAGGAGGAGGAGGAGGAGGGGGAGGCGGCGGUGGAGGCGGAGGAGGCUAUGCAUGGGGUUGGGGUGGUGGUGGCGGCGGAGGAGGUGGCGGAGGAGGAGGUAGAGGUGGAAAAGGAGGAGGUGGUGGGUGGGGAUGGGGCGGAGGAGGAGGAGGGGCAGGGUGGUGGAAAUGGGGUUGUGGUGGUGGAAAAGGAAAAGGCCGAGGAGGAAGAGGCGAGUACGUGAUGGGAGAGUAUGCACAAUGCAUGCGGAAGGGGCAAUGCAAAGGCAUGAGAUUGGAUUGCCCUCUUCACUGCGGAGGGCCUUGCUUCUACGACUGCCAACACAUGUGCAAGGCUCACUGCCGACGACGUCGUACUUGAUCAUCACUGGCAAAUGCAUUACUCUUGCUAAUGUUUGAUGUUUCCGAAUUAAUUAAGGCGCCAUUAAUUUCUAACAGUCACAUUAAUCCCGAAGCACAUAUUACCCCAUUAGUCGACCGAUCGAUGAUUAAGCAAGGCUGGAUGAGAUUAAGGGUUUAUUAUAGUUAGAUUGUUCUC